GCGCGCCCAAGAUGGCGGCCUCCAUGUGCGACGUGUUCUCCUUCUGCGUGGGCGUGACGGGCCGGGCCCGGGGCUCCGUGGAAGUCCGUUUCGUGAGCAGCGCCAAGGGGAAAGGGCUCUUUGCCACCAAGCUGAUCCGGAAGGGAGAGACCAUCUUCAUAGAGCAGCCCCUGGUGGCCGCACAGUUUCUGUGGAAUGCACUUUACCGGUACCGAGCCUGUGACCACUGCCUACGGGCCCUGGAGAAGGCGGAGGAGAAUGCACAGAGGCUGACGGGGAAACCUGGCCAGGUGCUGCCUCACCCCGAGCUGUGUACUGUGCGUAAGGACCUCCACCAGCUCUGCCCUCACUGCCAGGUGAUGUACUGCAGUGCAGAAUGCCAACGGGCAGCCGCUGAGCAGUACCACCGGGUCCUAUGCCCAGGCCCUUCCCAGGAUGACCCCCUGCAUCCUCUCAAUAAACUGCAGGAAGCCUGGAGGAGUGUCCACUACCCCCCUGAGACGGCCAGCAUCAUGCUGAUGGCCCGGAUGGUGGCCACUGUGAAGCAGGCUAAGGAUAAGGAUCGUUGGAUCCGGCUCUUCUCCCAGUUUUGUAACAAAACAGCCAAUGAGGAGGAAGAAAUUGUCCACAAACUCCUGGGGGACAAAUUCAAGGGCCAGUUGGAACUCCUGAGGAGACUCUUCACAGAAGCACUUUAUGAGGAAGCGCUGAGUCAGUGGUUCACUCCAGAUGGAUUCCGCUCACUCUUUGCUCUUGUUGGGACCAAUGGCCAAGGAAUUGGGACCAGCUCCCUCAGCCAAUGGGUUCAUGCCUGCGAUGCUCUGGAGCUGAAACCUCCAGACCGUGAAAAGCUGGACACCUUCAUUGAUCAGCUGUACAAGGACAUUGAGUCAGCCACAGGCGAGUUUCUGAACUGUGAAGGAUCUGGCUUGUUUGUGCUUCAAAGUUGCUGCAACCACAGCUGCGUCCCCAAUGCAGAGACCUCCUUCCCAGAAAACAACUUCCUUUUGCAUAUCACCGCCCUGGAGGAUAUUAAGCCAGGAGAGGAAAUCUGUAUCAGCUACUUAGACUGCUGUCAGCGGGAGCGUAGCCGUCACAGCCGUCACAAGAUCCUCAGGGAGAAUUACCUGUUUGUCUGUUCCUGCCCCAAAUGCCUGGCAGAGGCUGAUGAACCUAAUGUGACCUCAGAGGAGGACGAUGACGAAGAGGAGGAGGAAGAUGCAGAGUUGGGGGAUGAGAUGACCGAUGUGUGAUGGUGCCCUGCCUGCAGGGGCUCUUCUCUCCAACAUGGGGAGAGUGGUCUUCCCCUAGAGAGGAGGCUUGGAAGGAGUCCCCCUCUCCUGCUGCCUGCUUUCCUUCUGGCUCUGUUUUUUGCAGGGUGGUAGGAUGGAGGCUGGAUCCCAGGCCCCCUGUCCCCUGCCUGACCUCAUGCCCUGGACACUGCUGCCAAGUGUUAGGAUCGGAACUGUCACUGAGCCUUUCGGAACUCUUCCUCCCGAAGAGAAUGGCUGGAGCCAUGUCAGGGCCCAGCAGUGUUUCUUCCUGGCUCCAGGGCCUUGUUCCAUGCAGCUUCUCCCUUUCCACCUGCUACUGAAGGGUAACAAAGUGGCAAUGGCAAGCAGCUGACCUCACUGAAGAAGGAAGGGGACUUGGGCCCCCUUCACUGUCCUGAUCUCUCACUAUCAUAGCUGAUAAAGCAGCUGCUUGUCCAGAGCACUGCUGUGAGGGCCCAAAAGGAGAAUCUGGGUUCCAGGGCACUUUCCAUUACAGCUUUGUGCCAGGGGACAUGGGGCUAGGGGUAACCUCCCUCUUCCCACCCUGACCCUCCUGUUUGACAUCUGGGUAUUAGCAUUGAACCCCGGUGCAGACUAGACUCUUGACUUUGUGCCUUGCUUCUGGCACCGUGACUGGCCCUGUGGAGGAUGGGAGGUCUCAGGCCAUGCUUUCCUUGGGGAGGGGGCCCUGCAGGGACAUCAUUUUCCCUUCCUCAUCUCUGUCCCCAGUGUGCAGCAUGACCGAGAUAAGGAGAUGGCGGUUCUGUGCUUUGUUCAGGCUGCUCUUUAGGACCAGUUUAAUAUGAUCCACAGGAGGCCCUCCUGGGCUCGAGGACAUCCACAGAGGAGCACUGACUUCAGGAACCUAGAGGAGCUGAUGAGCUUCUCCAAGAUCAGCCUUGACUGUGCCCUUCUCUCCCAGAUCAGCACUAAUCCUUCAGUCUUGGGGUUGGAUGCUGUGAGAAUUACAGCCUGUUACUCAGAAUUCCCUCUCUCCUGCCUUGCGAGCCUGCCACACUCCCGUGGAGGGUACCUGUCUGCCUGGCCAGUUGGGUCCAUUCUUCUUUACAGUGGCCAGCUCCCCUCCUUCCCUGCCUGUCCACUAUUCUCAAUAAAACAUGAGUGGUGAUA